AAUAAGUGGACGGACAACGAAUGUAACGGACGAAUAAAUAACGCUCGUAGCGUUAUUUAAUUAGGCCAUGUGCUUUGUUUAAAUCUGAUAAAUAUUUGUGCAAAUUUUGUCAAGAAUAUGAGUGAAGAAGAUUUUAUUGAAAAGAUUAUCGGGAGGUUUGGAUUAUAUCAAACAUGGAUAUUAUUUUUAAUCUUAAUAUCUCGUUACCCUAUGGAGUUCCAGUUGACAAAUGUUGUUUUUAUUCUACCAAGUGUUGACUACGUGUGCUUAGAUGAAAGUAACUUAAAUGCGACAAACUAUUGUCCAUGUGAGAAUCCAGAAUAUGACACGAGUGGCAUCGUCAGCUCCGUCACGAGUACAUGGAAUCUCAUUUGCGGUAAAACGCAAUUAGCCAGCCUUGCUCAAUCGAUGCUACAGUUUGGGAUUUUAGCAGGAAGUUUGAUUUAUGGCUAUAUUUCAGACAGAUACGGGCGCAGAAUCGCUUGCUGUUACGCAUUUAUCACAGACGUUAUAUUUGUGGCUACAUCAGCAUUUGUACCAGAACUUUGGAUGUUCCUUGUUUGCCGUUUUCUAAUUGGAACAGCUGUUGGGGGCUCAAUGAUCUGCUCAUAUAUCCUUAUUAUAGAACUCGGUGGUAAAUCAUUUCGACCAUAUUUAACCGGACUUUUAGAGAUUGCCUAUAUUACAGGAUACUUUAUCCACCCUAUUAUAGCUUAUUUUGUCAGAGAAUGGCGAUAUUUGCAAUUAGCUACGUCUGUACCGUGGGUGUUUACUAUAAUAAACUUUUGGCUCUUACCAGAAUCUCCCAGAUGGCUAAUUACUGUAGGUAAAAAGAAAGAAGCCAUUAGUAUUCUUACAAAAAUAGCAAAAAGGUAUUAAAAUAUUAAAAUCUAUAAUAUAAAUUAAUAUUACAGCAAACAAAUUCCGUCUCUUAUUUUAUAUUACUUUUGUUACAGAAACCAUCGAAGCGUUGAUGACAUUGAAAGUAUCGUCAACAAAAUUGAAGAAGAAUCUUCAAGAGAACGCCAACAACAACACGGUUCUUAUAUGGACUUGUUUAAAACGCCCAAAAUUAGAAAAUAUUUAGUUAUAACAGCUUUUGUUUGGUUCGGCGUCGCACAUACCUUUUACGGUAUCAACCAAUACAUAGGGCGUCUUCAAGGAAAUUUAUAUUUAAAUGUAAUGCUUUCAGCAGCAUGUCUUUUACCUGGAUUAAUUUUAGUAGUAUUUGCUUCUAUACACUUACAGAGAAAAAUAAGUGUUAUAACAAGUUUUUCGGUUGCAGCGAUAUCUUUACUAGUUUUUAUAUUUAUUCCAGAUGGUAGUGAUUCCUUAUCGUUAACAUUUGCUAUAGUCGGUCAGGUAGGCGCCUAUACGGCAUUUGUCCAAAUAUACUUAUUCUCAUCGGAAAUAUUUCCAACUGUUAUACGCAACUCAGCAAUGGGAUUUGCUUCAAUGUUUGGAAGAUUUGGUAGCUUUGUAGCACCAUUUGUAGUGAACAUUGGAGUAGAAUGGUUAUCGAUUACUAUUUUUAGUGUGUUAGCGUUUUGUGCUGGAUUCCUAUGUUUCCUCCUACCAGAAACUAAAAAUACCGUUUUAUUAAAUACAAUUCAACAAACUGAAAAGUCAAAGAAUAGUAGUAAUAAAAACAUUUAAAACAACAAAACAUUCUAAUGGGAAAAUAAUGUUAAGAAAUUUUUGAAACUGCCGUCGCCUUUGUGUAGUUAUUAUUUAAAUAUAACCAACAAUUUGCCUCUUAUUAUAAAUUAUCUUUUCUUGUAAUAAUUGUAAGUUAUUGUUUGUUUUUUUAUAAAUAAUGCUCAUAUAAUAAUUUCAAAUUAAUUUUAACCCUUUCGCUGUCCCAUGCACUAUAUGUAGGUCAUUGCUAUUGUCUUACUAUUAUGUCUGAAAACCGAACAGUGAAAGUGUUAAUUUAAUCGUAAAUUACAAUAAAAUGUUAAGCAUUUAGUUUAUGAAAAUGUUUACGCAACUUAUUGCAAAUUAGUAUUUAAUGUAUUAUUUAUGUGUUAUUAAAAUUAUUUUUGAAAGGAGUUUAAUUGUGAUAAGUUUUAAUUGUACAACCAGUGCGUGUUGCCAGUGAUGACUUACGGAACUGAGACGUGGUCCUUCACUGCUGGCCGUAUGAGGAAGCUCAAGGUCGCUCAGCGAGCUAUGGAGAGAGCUAUGCUCGGAGUUUCUCUGCGUGAUAAACUUUGGAAUGAGUAUAUCCGCAGUAGAACCAGAGUAACCGACAUAGCCCAACGGAUUAGUAAUCUGAAGUGGCAGUGGGCCGGCCAUAUAGCUCGAAGAACCGACAACCGAUGGGGAAGAAAGGUUCUCGAGUGGCAGCCUCGUACCGGUAGGCGAAGUAUAGGGCGUCCCCCCACGAGAUGGAGUGACGACCUGGUCAGACAUGCAGGAAAUCGAUGGAUGCAGGUGGCUCAGGACCGUGCUUUGUGGCAUUCUUUGGGGGAGGCCUAUGUUCAGCAGUGGACUUGUGAAGGGCUGUAAUGAUGAUGAAUGAUGAAGUUUUUACUGUUUAAUUUUAAAAGGCCGCUUAAGUUAUACUUUGUACUAUAAAAGUUUGCAACAGAAAUGGGUUUGCUCGACCGAGGAAGGACCACGCUCUUACAGAAUACCCGCGUAACUGCUGUGUUUCGUAUGGUGAGUGUAAAAAAACCGGAGAUGCUUUUUACUGGCCUUUUGACGAAGCAUAGGUACAAUUUUAUUCCUUAUAGUGGCCAUACACGGUCAGUUAAACUGAUCAGUUUAACUGACGUACAUCCAAAUACUGACCGUGAAUGUGAAAUCUUAAGUUGAAAUUUUUAACUGACGGCAACACACGGAUUUUUUCGGGCCUGCUGUCAGUUAAACUGCUCAGCUGAACUGACGUACAUCCAAAAACUGAUCGUGGGUAUGAAAUCUUAAGUUGAAAUUUUUAACUGACGGCAAUCCACGAAUUUUUCUGGGCGCAACGUAAUCCGCUGGUUUCAGUUCGUUUCAAUUAUUGGUAAGUACUUACUAGCUUACAUUAUUUCUAUGCUGUUUACAUUUUAUAUUAUUUUAUAUAUUUAGAGAUGUUUGUUUGACGGAGGAUGGAGACCAAGGUGACUAUGAUGGUGUCACCUUCCAUAUGGUGGACUCAGAAGGUGGGUAAAGAAUAUCAGUGACGCUACUACGUAGAACUAUCGUGUUUGUACUAAUUUUUAAAAAGGUUAAUGGAUACCCAGAUGACUGUGAUGAUAUCACGUUUCUGUUGGUACAAUCCGAAGGUGGGUAUAGGAUCUCAGUAACGGCACUAUAUAGAACGAUCGAGUUUGAACUCAUUUGAAAGGGCUCAUAAAGACCUAGGUGACUGUUUUGACCUCACCUUUCUGAUGGUGCAGUCCGAAGAUGGGUAUAGAAUCUCAGUGGCGGCACUAGAUAUAAAGAUCGUGUUUGAACUCAUUUGAAAGGGCUCAUAAAGACCUGGGUGACUGUUAUGACCUCACCUUUCUGAUGGUGCAAUCGAAGAUGAGUAUAGGAGCUCAGUGGUGGCACUAGAUAGAACGAUCGUGUUUGAACUAAUUUGAAAGGGCUCAUAAAGACCUAGGUUACUGUGAUGAUUUUACCUUUCUGAUGGUGCAAUCCGAAGAUGGGUAUAGAAGCUCAGUGGCGGCAUUAGAUAAAAAGAUCGUGUUUGAACUCAUUUGAAAGGGCUCAUUAAAACCUAGGUGACUGUUAUGACCUCACCUUUCUGAUGGUGCAAUCCGAAGGUGGGUAUAGGAUCUCAGUGGCGGUAUUGUUAGAACGAUCGUGUUUGAACUCAUUUGAAAGGGCUCAUAAAGACCUAGAUCACUGUGAUGAUUUUACCUUUCUGAUGGUGCAAUCCGAAGAUGGGUAUAGAAUCUCAAUGGCGGCAUUAGAUAGAAAGAUCGUGUUUGAACUCAUUUGAAAGGACUCAUAAAGACCUAAGUCACUGUGAUGAUAUUACCUUCAUAAUGGUAGACUUAGAAGGUGGGGUAAAAGGUCUCAGUUAUGCCACUACGAAACACCAUCGUGUUUGGGUUCAUUUGAAAGGGCUCAAGAAGUAACUAGUUGAAAUACCCUUUCAGAUUUAUUGUGGUUUGUGGCUUGAUACCAGACUGUGUAAUAUUAAAAACAGUAUUAUUACUCAUUUUAUCAUGAUUUCAGACAAUUAAAAAACCAGCAAAACUCCCAAUUAGGUACAACAUUAUAAAUCGGCCAUAUAUUUUACAGGCAAUAAAAAACAAGGCAGAACGGAAAAAGCAUAACCAACUGCAACCAGAAGAUGAAAAUAUCUGCGUACUUCAAGAAAACCUACAAGCAGCAUUAACACCAAUUUCAAUAAAUGACCAAGUUACCUGUACCCAGUAUUUAGAAUUCAAUGAUUUUUGACUGGAAGUAAGAUUUUUAGAUUUAGUAAAUAAAACAAUGUUGUACUCAAUGAUUUAUUACACGAAUACUACACAUUUAAUAAAAUAAAUUUUACGG